AUGGCGGCCAAGAAACGAAAGCAGAGUAGCCGCGUGAAAGCAAAAAAGAAGGCCAAGACGAUGAAGGAGGUGAUUGUGCAAGAAGGGGAUCGGAAGGCGCAGCAGGAGCCGCAGGAUGAUCAGUUAAGCACCGAGCACGAGGCUGUCAGUGGUCAAGAGGUGAAGGACACGGCUGCUGGUGCUGUUUCGGCAACUUUGGGCCUUCUGUCGGAUGAGUUGCUGCAAGAAAUGGGCAGCGAAGACGCUGGUGGUGCGCUGGUGCUGCCUGGACAUCGUGAAAAGAAGCAGAAGGUGGAACAGGUGCCCGACGAGCUAUUGCAGCAAGCGCAGCGCAUGAGCAAGAGCAAACGAAAGAAACUGGAGGCCAUUGCAGCUCGUAAAGUGAAAGAGGCACGACGGGAGGACUUGUACAAGUCGCUGGAAACGCAGCGGCUCUCGCAGGACCAGAUGAAGCUCUUGUACAGCACGUCGCAGAUGGGGCACAAGGAGACACUGCGAGAACGUCUGAAAAGGUCAUUGAAUCGACAGAAAGCAGGCAUUGAGCUCUCGGAAGAUGCAAAGAGCGAGCUGUAUAAAAAGAAAGACAGGAGCGAGGAUGAAGACGCGGAGGUUGAUGAAGUUGUGCAAGUAGAGAAGCUGUUGGAAGGCGAAGUGAUUGCGGAAUCGAAGUGCGAAGGCAAGACGAGUGGUGGCGGUGACAGCGGUGAUGGCAUUACAUGCACUGUUAUGAGUUGUACGACUGAUGCUUGUGAGAGUGGUGCGCCGGAGAAAAGCAGUAAGAAGAAGCGCGGUGCGAAGAAGCUAGGUAUAGCUAAUCGCUCCGUGCCAAUGCUGUUGACGGCCGAUGAAACAACCGGGCCCGAGGACAGUAAAGUAGUGUACUCUGUCAAAAGUGUCCACCAGAUGGUUGAUGAAGAGAAGCAUGUCGAGGAAGAAGCCAAGCGCGCUAGCUCACAAAGCGCUGCGAUGACGAAAUUGGAAGCUUUGCGCAAAAAGAACGAGGAAAAGCGCCAACUCAAGGCAUUGGCUGCUUCGAAGCCUCUAGUCGAACCCACCACGACGCCAACAGACGAUGUAGCGGAGGGUUGCACGACUGCGUACGUGCCAACGCCAAUUGUGAUGAAGACCGCGGCUGAAGUCCGCGAGCUCAGUAAGAAGACAACGUUGUCAUAUAAGACCACUCUUGUCUCGCUGUCCCGCGACUCGAAGAUACAAAUGGCGCGUAUGCAGCUUCCCGUGUGCAGCUCUGAGCAGGAGAUCAUGGAGGCCAUUACUGACAACGACGUGAUAAUCUUGUGUGGUGAAACGGGAAGUGGCAAAACUACGCAAGUGCCGCAAUUCUUGUACGAGGCUGGCUAUGGUCACCCCGAUCACGCGACACAUUGCGGUCGCGUCGGUGUUACGCAGCCACGACGUGUUGCUGCCGUUUCCACCGCAAAGCGUGUUGCUGAGGAGCUCAACGUGCCGUUUGGCGCGCCCAAUGGACACGUCGGCUACCAAAUUCGAUAUGACGCUGAGCACGUGAGCGAGCGUACGCGCAUCAAGUUCAUGACUGAUGGUAUAUUGCUGAAAGAGAUUCAGCAAGACUUUUUGCUGCGUCAAUACUCGAUUCUUCUCUUGGAUGAGGCUCACGAGCGCAAUGUGAACACGGAUAUACUGAUCGGUCUUUUGUCUCGUAUCGCUCCACUGCGAGCUCAGAUGUCGCGAGAAGAAGAACAGUACCAAUUGCUGUCGGCGGAGGAGAGGGAAGUUGCUGAGAAGCCCAUCAGGCCGCUGAAACUUGUGAUCAUGUCUGCGACGCUGCGCGUGGAAGACUUCACGCAGAAUCAUCGAUUAUUUCCGACGCCACCGCCAGUGCUUCGCGUUGAUGCACGCCAAUACCCAGUGACUGUGCAUUUUAACAAGCGCACGGAACUAGAUAACUAUGUGGACGAGGCUUACAAGAAGGUGCUCAAGAUUCACAGGAAGCUGCCCGAAGGUGGUGUGCUGGUGUUUCUGACAGGUCAGCGGGAGAUUCUGCAGUUAUGCCGCAAGCUGAACCGUGCCUACUCUAUCGCUGCACGAAACAAAAAGGCCGCAGCGCAGACUGACAAGCGAGUAUUUCGUGUACAGCGCCGACAGUCUACCACAGACCAAACGGCGAGUUCGAAAGACCACUUUCUGCGUGAACACGACGACAUUGAAGAAGAGGCUGACUUGGAGGAAGCCCAAAUAUACGGCAACGAAAUCGACGAUGAAGAUGCUGCGUACGAUUUGAAAGAUGGAAAAGAGGCGUCUGGUGACGAAGAUGAAGACGGUGACGAUAUGGACGACGAUCUAGCAGUGUCGUACAUGCAUGUGCUUCCCCUAUACUCUUUGCUCCCCAACGACGACCAGAUGAAAGUGUUUGAUGCGCCACCGGAUAAUCACCGUUUAGUUGUCGUUGCAACGAAUGUGGCGGAGACAUCGUUGACCAUUCCUGGGAUCAAGUACGUGGUGGAUGCUGGCCGUACAAAGGAGCGUGUCUUCGAUCUUGCCAAUGGCAUUUCGUCGUUCGAUGUUCAGUGGAUUUCGAAAGCCAGCGCUGAUCAACGCGCGGGUCGCGCAGGUCGUACUGGCCCGGGCCACUGUUAUCGUCUGUACUCGUCCGCAGUCUACGACACAGAGUUUCGUAAGUUUUCCUCACCGGAGAUCCUGUGUCAACCGAUUGACGACUUGGUGCUCCAAAUGAAGGCCAUGGGUAUUCACAACGUGCUGCAGUUCCCUUUUCCGACUCCUCCAGAUCGUCAGGCAGUGAAAAGUGCACUUGCAACAUUGGUGAAUUUGGGUGCGAUCUCUCCAGGUGACGACGAGUCGAUAACAGGGCUAGGCCGUGCUCUUGCCAAGUUCCCCGUUGCUGCACGGUUCGCAAAGAUGCUGCUGCUGGCACAGAAGCUGGACCUCGUCGAGUACACGAUUGCCAUAGUUGCUGGUCUCUCGGGUCACUCACCCUUCAUUCAAGCUUUAGAUCGUCGUGAACAAGAAAAGAGUGCUGAAGACGAAGAAGCUGGUGGCGAAAAGAAGAGUGAGCUGGAGGAAAUGGAAAAAGAGUGGCGGGAAGCCGAGAAAAUGCGCAAGCACGCACAGUGGGUCGAUCAAGAGAGCGACGUGCUGAGCUUACUGCGCGCUGCUGGUGCAUAUGCGUACACUGGUGGCAGCAGCCAGUUCUGCCAGGAGAACCACCUCCACGAGAAGACGAUGCAGAAUAUGUUGAAGCUCAGGCAGCAAUUGACGCGAAUAGUAAACAAGCUGUACGCGGAAGAGAAGAACUGCACAACUGUCGAGCUCAAGCCGAAGAUGCCGCCUCCCGACCUCGAAACGCAGGGGGUCCUGCGCCAGAUUGUAGCCGCUGGGUUCUUGGACCAAGUGGCGAAACGCGUGCCGGCUGGCACUAUCACUGAAGGCACGAAAAUUGAGCGGAACUGUGCCUACGUGGCUGCAACUGGUAACGUGAAAGAGCCCGUGUACAUUCAUCCGCACUCGUCCGUCUUUACACCCAACCCGGCGAAGCUGCCAGAGUUUGUCGUGUACCAGCACGUUAUGCGCACAACGCGCGCGUACAUGAAGAUGGUGACUGCGAUUGAGCCACAGUGGCUCGCGAGUAUUGGCAAGAAUACGCCGUUGUGCAAGUACGCGCCGCCACUGGCUGAACCUGCGCCGUUCUACCACAAGGAGCUGGACGAGGUGCAGUGCUAUUCGAAGGCUCAGUAUGGCAUCCAUCAGUGGUCUUUGCCGGCUAUGCGAAUCGCGUAUCCGGACGACGAUGCCUUGGAUGGUUUGGCGGAUAAAUACCGGUGGUUUGCCAAGUUCUUGCUGGAUGGCCAGGUCGUCACUAGUUUGCUGCCGUUCUCCGUCGCUCUGAAGGAGCCAAGCCAUACGUUGAUUCGCAAGAAAUUUGACAAGAAGAUCCAGCUCCUGGUUGCUAAGCUGCAGCAGCAUCACGUGGCGUCACGUCAGACACUUGUGGCCAAGUGGAGUACACCUACUGGCAAGCUCUUUCUCAAGACGGAGCUGCUGAGCUGGAUAAAAGACACUCAUAAAGCUGCUUUCAGUCAAGCAUGGGGAUCUCUGGUAAACGCUGCAGUGCUGCAAGAGAGGAGAAAGACGGCUUUGGCAAUGAAGUAA